UUUCUCUCACUCAAGCUGUGGAGCACAUUUUCACUGCCUUUACCAAGAUAACACGGCAAAAGGGAAAAUUCCAGACUAAAUUUCUAAUGAAAAUGGCUUUACCUUUACCAUGAUGACCUACAAAACAGUCCUGUAUCAAACUCACUGCAAUAGCUUGCAAAAGUUCCGCUUUCAACUGAGUAAACAUGGGGGACGUGACAGUUUUAGCCAACAUUGAAGGAGUCCAUGCAUUUGUCUUCGCACCAGAAAGUUUACCAGGCGAUUUCGCAAAUCAAGCUUAAGGAUUUGGUCACAUCAGUAACUUUUGGCUUGGAACUUAACAAAUCCAACAAAGACAAAGGAACGAAAAACAAGACAUUUCCAUAAUGAAUGAUCAACAAAACCAAAAUUCAUCGCUAAAUGGAGAUUCACAGGGGCGAAAUAGCGUGGAAAUUGUGCUGGAGUCCUUUACAGCUAUAAUUAUCUUCCUGGCCUCAAUUUUAACCAACUGCAUCGUUCUAUAUGUCAUAAGGACCAACCCCACCCUCAAAACUUUCACAAAUAAGAUAAUUGCAAACUUGUGUCUCGUUGAUAUGGCCGAAACAUUACUCAUUAUGCCAUUAUGGGUCACAAGCUUGAUCAAAGGACAAUGGAUCUUUGGCAAUAUCAUUUGUAACGUGUCAGGGUUUCUGUUCUUUGCAAUGGCAAAUGCAACUCUCUAUUCGUUGCUUCUCAUUGCGCUCAGCAGGUAUUUCAAAGUCGUGAAACCCCAAUUGUAUAAUGGCAUUUUCUUCGCAAAGAAGAGCAGACCAAAAAUCCUUCUUGCUCUGUGUUGGAUUGCGCCUCUCAUCAUCUGCAGUCCACCGUUGUAUGGAUGGGGAAAGUAUAAGUUCUACCCACAGUCUUUUCUCUGUACGUUUGAAUGGUCAUUUGAUGGACUACACGUUUCCUACUUGGUCUUCCUUGCGAUAAUACAACCAUCUCCUUACAUAAUUUGCUGGUGUUACUUCAAAAUUUACAACACUGUUCGACGAAACAGAAUCCAGAUUUGCACCAGAGCAAACCGUGCCGCUUGCAAAAACGCUCAUAACGCCGAGAACAUGUGCAUUCAUACUACACUGGGCAUAGCUUGCGUGGUCGUGCUUUGCUGGCUCCCAAAGGCAAUACUUGUUCUUUUGUUGGGAGGCGGAAAAAAAGGAUUAUCUUUGCCUUUAAUGAUAUCGAGUUAUCUUGUGUUCUUAGCAUGUUGCUUGAAUCCCAUCGUAUAUGGAAUGAUGAACCCUCAGUUCAAGCCAGCCUUCAAGGCAUUAUUUAUAAAAAGAGGGAUGAGGAAUCCUGACCUUGCUGCUUUUUCCACGUACUCGAUUCCAACGAUACAUUCAAAGUAGCCUUACCAUGGUCUGUGCAUUACAAAGAUUUUACCUAACUUUUUCAAACAUCCCAAAAUAUCGGGUGGCAGCUGGACAAUGUCUUUACCAUUUGCACCUGUAUUACGUCAUCUAUCUUCCACCUUGGAUGUAAGAAUAUGAAUAUGAUCGACUUUUUAUAUUCAAGGACAGAACAAUAAAGUGUUAAUUUGAAUCUUAUAAUGAGUUUUGAAGUCUUCUCUACUCGGUAGAUAUACUAAUCGUUCUCGCUAAGGUUGGUUCAGAAGCUUCAAAAUGAUUUAUGCCACACUUGCUGUUUCCCUCUGCGUUUGCCGUUUCUCUUCUUCCUUUUCAUUCCCUUAAU